AUAAACGUGGACAGCUACGUAAAACGAACAAGGAAGGCGGGGGAGGAAAGCGGAAGCCGCGGGGCCUUCUAAGUCGGAAAGUCUCCGGAGCUGGCGCCUGGCUCUUCGCGGCGCCCCCCACUUGGACGCGGCGCUCCUGAGCGGGUGGGGGAGAAGGAACUGUUGCCGGCGCGGAGACCAGGCGGCCAGCGUCCGCAGGGAUGAACCUCGAGUUGCUGGAGUCCUUUGGACAGAACUAUCCAGAGGAGGCUGAUGGCACUUUGGAUUGCAUCAGCAUGGCUCUGACGUGCACCUUUAACCGGUGGGGCACACUGCUUGCAGUUGGCUGUAACGAUGGCCGGAUUGUUAUCUGGGAUUUCUUGACAAGAGGCAUUGCUAAAAUAAUUAGUGCGCACAUUCAUCCAGUCUGUUCUCUGUGUUGGAGUCGAGAUGGUCAUAAGCUCGUGAGUGCUUCCACAGAUAACAUCGUGUCUCAGUGGGAUGUUCUUUCAGGCGAUUGCGACCAGAGGUUUCGAUUCCCUUCACCCAUCUUAAAAGUCCAGUACCACCCUCGAGAUCAGAACAAGGUUCUCGUGUGUCCCAUGAAAUCUGCUCCUGUCAUGUUGACCCUUUCAGAUUCCAAACAUGUUGUUCUGCCGGUAGACGAUGACUCCGAUUUGAACGUGGUGGCUUCUUUUGAUAGGCGAGGGGAAUAUAUUUAUACAGGAAAUGCAAAAGGCAAGAUCUUGGUCCUAAAAACAGACUCUCAGGAUCUUGUUGCCUCCUUCAGAGUAACAACAGGGACAAGCAAUACUACGGCCAUUAAGUCAAUCGAGUUUGCCCGGAAAGGGAGUUGCUUUCUAAUUAACACAGCAGAUCGAAUAAUCAGAGUUUAUGAUGGCAGAGAAAUUUUAACGUGUGGAAGGGAUGGAGAGCCUGAGCCAAUGCAGAAACUGCAGGACUUGGUGAAUAGGACCCCAUGGAAAAAAUGUUGUUUCUCUGGGGAUGGGGAAUACAUAGUGGCGGGCUCUGCCCGGCAGCAUGCACUGUAUAUCUGGGAAAAGAGCAUUGGCAACCUGGUGAAGAUCUUGCAUGGGACCCGAGGGGAGCUCCUGCUGGACGUGGCUUGGCAUCCAGUUCGACCCAUCAUAGCUUCUAUUUCUAGUGGAGUGGUGUCUAUUUGGGCCCAAAAUCAAGUAGAAAAUUGGAGUGCAUUUGCACCGGAUUUCAAAGAACUGGAUGAAAAUGUGGAAUAUGAGGAAAGGGAAUCAGAGUUUGAUAUUGAAGAUGAAGAUAAGAGUGAGCCUGAGCAAACAGGGGCGGAUGCUGCUGAAGACGAGGAAGUGGAUGUCACCAGCGUGGAUCCCAUCGCUGCCUUCUGUAGCAGCGAUGAAGAGCUGGAAGAUUCAAAGGCUCUGUUGUAUUUACCCAUUGCCCCUGAGGUAGAAGACCCUGAAGAAAAUCCAUAUGGCCCCCCACCGGAUGCAGUCCCAAACUCCUUGAUGGAUGAAGGGGCUAGUUCAGAGAAGAAGAGGCAGUCUUCAGCAGAUGGGUCCCAGCCACCAAAGAAGAAACCUAAAACAACCAACAUAGAACUGCAGGGUGUACCGAAUGACGAAGUCCAUCCACUACUGGGUGUGAAGGGGGAUGGCAAAUCCAAGAAGAAGCAAGCAGGCCGGCCUAAAGGAUCAAAAGGUAAAGAGAAAGAUUCUCCAUUUAAACCGAAACUCUACAAAGGGGACAGAGGUUUACCUCUGGAAGGACCAACGAAGGGUAGAGUACAGGCGGAGCUCAGCCAGCCCUUGGCAGCAGGAGGAGCAAUCUCAGAACUGCUAUGAAGACGGAGGAACUCUUUGUCGCCAGGUAGCCUUUGGACAGUGUGGCCAGUCAUUUGAGACUGGCUUUAAUUGAAAACAAAGGCCUCUACCUCCCACCCAGGAGGUGGAAAGAGUGGAUUUUAUGUUUGAAGGAAGAAGUCAAUUAUGGAAGAAGAGCACAGGUCCCUGCCUUCCCUUUCAAGCAUACGUCCAAAUAGGCUCUCAGGAAUGAGGAUGCGUGAAGACGUCAGGAGAUCUGACUCGCUUCAACUUCACACUUGGUUGUGUUGCUGGUGAAAAAUGCCCGGGUUUUGUUCACCUAACUGUUGAAGUCACAUCCUUUGGACAUGUAUUUCCCAUCUCCUGUUGCCUUCCAUCCUCAGUGCAUGUCCUUGAGUGACUUUUUUUUUUUUUUUCCCCUGAAAUUUUGCUACCAGUAUCCUAGGAAAACCAAUGCAUUUUCUGUUUCUUUCAUUCAUAACUUCCCCUCCCAGCUGCUUCCUGUGUUUCUGUAUUGUGUAUAAAGGUUGGACAGAGAAGCAAGUGCUUGAAAGAUUUCAAAUUGUCAGAAAAGGAAGGAAGAUAGAAGGGGCCUGUCAUUCUGUCUUACCACCUUUUGCUCAAUGGGCUGGCUGGGCUCAAGAGAAUCUGGGAUUUCCCUUGCAUUGCAUGUUUUCCCAUGUCAGGUCUGUUUGAAUAAUCAUGGUUUUUGGGUAUGAUUAGUUUUAUCCAUCUCCAGCUAAGAAUCAUCAACAGUUUGUGUAUUACUUUGCCUGUGUUGACUUGCAGCGUUAGAAACAAAGCAAGGUGUAUUUCUCCACAAGCUUCUGUAUCAUGGGGUUAGGGCAGCUGUGUGAGGACUGACUGACGUGAAACCCCAAGUCAAAGCAGCAGCAGCAGCUUGCUUCAAAUCAAAGAUCAGGUUCCUUUGUUAAAUCAUUGCCUGUGGAGAACUCGUUCCCACCAGCCACAGUGUGUCUCUUCCUGGAGCCAGGCCCCCUGUGUUUUCGCUCACUUCCUUUCUGUGAAAGGUUGCUUAGCUUUUUUACCCUUCUUCUCACCCUGGCUUUCUCUGCAUUUGCUAUUAUAGCAAAUUGGACGGAUGUGUACAAUAAGUGUUUGAAAUUUUCUGAAAAUCCAAAGUCUGGAAGCCAAGUAUGGAAAGAGUUAGUAAUGUCUCUCUCUGGCAAUAGCUUUUGCCUUGCCCCGGGGUUUUACUCUCUCUGCAUUGAAAAGAGGUUUAAAUUCUAUGCUAAUUGUGAAAUCUCUAUCAGUUGGCGGAGGCUCCUUCAGAUAGCCAAACCCAUUGAUUGCUUUACAUUGUGGGGUAGAAGUGACAGUGGACACUGCAGGAGGUCUCCAGAGUCAUUGCUGAUGCUGCUUCCUCAGCUGCGGUUGGUAAGUGGCUCACGGGACAUGUUUUUAUUUGUAGAUACUAUGUCUGUGUCGUGUCUCUCUGUACAGUACCCAACAUUGGUGUGCAAACCGAUACGGGGGUCCUGCCUUUCCCACGAGGAGAGUCUUGAUUUCCUCCAUCUGGAUGCUAAGACUGUGUCCAUUUCCAUUAACUGGCUACUGAGGAGAUCUGCUCAGGCCCUGCCAGACUGUUUCUGGCAGCAGCUCCUAAUAAUUAUUUAUGCCUUUGGAGUUUUUCAUCAGCUUCUAAAACUGUUUUCCAUCCACUUUCAGCUAGGGUUUUUGAUUUGUGUAAUAUAUGUAUAUUCUCCCCCUUCUUUUCGUGGUCUCCCCUGCCUCUCCAUUCGUUUCUUAAAAUGUUCAGUAGUUUUGUACAAGAUGAGACUUAGCCUUGGGUACUUCUUGCUAAAGCUUUAAUGCUCUGUAAAUAAAAUGGGAUGUUUAUUAAA